AUGCUGCUACAACGCCUCGUGGUGAUGCUGUAUUCGCUGUGGGCGCUACUGCAGCGUGUCAAGCACAAGAAAUGGUACCUGCUAGUGUUUGUUAGCUUCUACAUGGGUCUACGCUCCACACGAAAAGACCCUGUAGUGGGGAAGCCGCGCGAUGUGUUUAUUAACCACAUGAUCACCGAGACUAAAGACGACGGCAUUCACAUGGCGCCCACACCUGUGAUUGCACCGUGGACGAACGCAAGCUUCGAGUGUGUGGGCUGGAAACGUAUUCACACGUGCAAGGAAGAGAAGCUUGAGGACGAAGCGAAGGAGACACCAGAGCCGGAAAAGGACUUUCUUGGAUGCUCGGAGGAAAUAGGCACACAAAUGGCAGGCUAUUGCAUCGUGCGGAACCGCACGUCUGGAGACCUGUACAAGCUCAUGGUCAGCGGGUGUGACUCGUUACCGACAGGCUAUUACACGUGCGAUAUGGCCCGUGAUUUCUCCGAAUUUGGCUACCAUUCGGUUAAAUACGAGCACAAGCCUGUGGCGCCAUCGCUGGCGUUGCCGUAUGCAGCCACUAGCAAGCGUCAGCCUACGAAUGGCGUCUUGAUGAUCAUUUACGACCGUGUGUUGCCAUCUGCGUACGCUACCAUUCGGAUGCUGCGUGUACAAGGCUGCGAAUUGCCAGUGGAGUUGUGGUAUCGACCUGAUGAAAUGUCGAUCGACAAUCCGAUUAUUCACAAGCUUCUGUCGGACUACAAUGUACGGAUGCGACCAAUCUUCGACCGUCGAGCUAUGGGCUUCCACGUCAAGCCGUACGCAGUUUAUUACAGCAAUUUCGACAACGUAUUGCUGCUGGAUGCCGAUAAUUUGCCCGCGAAAGACCCAACUUAUCUGUUCGAAGAGCCAGAGUUCCUCCGCACGGGCGCUAUUUUCUGGCCUGACUAUUGGCAACCAUCUAACUCGCUUUUCCAGUUGUCAAACACAAGUUUACUAUGGCAACUUACGGGCGUGAACUACGUCGACAUGUUCGAACAGGAGAGUGGCCAAGUGCUGAUCGAUCGACUGCGUAGCAAGCGCGCGUUGGACAAACUCAUGUACUACUCGACACACCAGCCUCGCUUACUGGAGCAAUUGCACCUUAUCUGGGGAGACAAGGACCUAUUCCGACUAGCAUGGCUCAAUGCUAGUCAGCCGUUCCACUUCAUUAAAUACCCACCUGCAGUAGGUGGGCUGGACUUGCACAAGGAGAAGGGUGUUUUCUGUGGCUUGGCUAUGAUCCAACACGACGUGCAAGGCAACCUCGUCUUCUUCCAUCGGAAUUCUAUUAAGCUGGAUGGCAAGCCGGAUCAGCCACGUAUUAUGAGCCAUAUCCAGGAGUAUUCUCUGGAGGGCAACCCGCGAGACUACCGCAUCUUCCAGGCUGUGUAUGCACACAAGGAGUGCUGCUAUUAUAUCGGCACAGACUCUUUGCCGGACGGCCGACCAGCGACGCAGGUUACGCCUAUUGACUCGACUAUCUACGCGUCGAUUGAGGACCUGGCGAUCCAGUUUUCUGUCGAGGCACGGCAACUGCUGAUCGACGAUGCAUUGGCCAACGAUCUUGGCUUUAGCUCUAUGCGAGUACAGUACAUUGUGGCACUGUUCCUGCUAACUUAUGUGAUGGCCAUCAUCGCGUUCGUGUGGUGUAAAGGUCGACCGGCAAGGGAGCGAUUGCCCAGUCGCUGGAAACCCAUGGAGUCCAAGGAGAGCUAGCGACGAUAGGUAGAUAUAACCCACAGUGCAACCGUAGAGGCAAAUUGACCCGGCACAGAAGCA